UCAGCAAUGGAAGUUCCUACUCUCACCACCGUCUUCUUCUUUGUAAUGCUGCUUAUUUGCGGUGAUGCAAGGGUUUUGGAAGAGCAAAACCAAGAAACCCCAUCUACAAACGACUUUGAUCCUGAAAAUGUCCUCUAUUAUCAUAAUUAUGCCAAACAAGAAACCGCAUCUAUAAAGGACUUUGAUCCUGAAAAUGUCCUCCUUUACCAUCAGUAUGCCAAACAAGAAACCGCAUCUACUAAGGACUUUGAUCCUGAAAAUGUCCUCCUUUACCAUAAUUAUGCAAAACAAGAAACCGCAUCUACUAAGGACUUUGAUCCUGAAAAUGUCCUCCUUUACCAUAAUUAUGCAAAACAAGAAACCGCAUCUAUAAAGGGCUUUGAUCCUGAAAAUAUCCUCCAUUACCAUCAGUAUGCCAAACAAAAGACUCCAUCUACAGAGGGCUUUGAUCCUAAAAAUGUUAUCUGGUACCAGAAUUAUGCAAAAAAAGAUGAAGAUAGCAACACUAUAUCUCACCAUCCCUUAAGCUCAUCUCAAACAGCAUCCACAAAGGAUUUUGAACCUGAAAGCAGUGUCAAAGAAAUGGACUCACAUUCUCAUAUAACCAGCCAUGAUCGUGCUCCAGGACCCGAAAAUGUUUUCUUCCACAUGAAGGAUCUCAAGGUUGGAAACAAACUUGACCUCUACAAUAUGGUUGAUAAAACCUUGGCAGCCACCUCCCCUCUACCACGCCAAGAAGCCGACUCCAUUCCCUUUGCAUCUGCUUCACUCCCUGAUAUCUUGCGUCGCUUCUCGAUCCCUCCGGACUCACCCCUAGCUAAGAAAGUAGCAAGGAACCUUCACAUAUGUGAGUCUCCCCCAUUAAUGGGCGAACGCAAGUUUUGUGCCACAAGCCUCGAGUCCCUGCAUGACUUUGUCUUAUCGAUCUUGGGGCCUAAAGCUAAACCCCAAGUGUUGGCAACUACCUUGCACAACGGAGAGAAUCGUCCUCCCCUUGUGCAAUCUUACAUUGUGAAAGAGAUUAUGCUUCGAUUAACACCACCAUAUCUGCCAGUUUGUCAUCCAAUGACUUACCCGUAUACUGUGUUUCAUUGCCAUGUCGUGGUUAAAACCACGGCCUUGAUGGUGAAGCUAGAAGGUGAGGAUGGAAGCAAAAUGGAUGCCGCAGCAGUUUGUCACUUGGACACUUCUGACUGGGACCCCGACCAUGUUUCUUUCAAGGUGCUUGGCAUCAAGCCAGGCACUGAACCUGUUUGCCAUUUCUUUCCAGAGACUCACUUGGCUUUCAUUACGACUUCUCUCGAGGCAGCCGUGUGAUCAUGAUCCUGAACCAUGUUGGAUGGUCAGAAUGCCAUUGCGUUUGCAUGUAAUUGGGUUUGUGUGUUAGUAGUAACAAAGGCAUUCUGUAGUUGUAAAUAUGGUGAUUUUCAACCAUGUCCGUCCUCUUAUCAUGUGGUGUUUUUAUUAGCAGUGUCAUUGUAGUAAAUCUAUGUUUGAAGUAAACCCAUCUAUGUUUUUGUACUGU